AUGAUGAUUUUAGCCAAAUCCGGUCAUCGUUUCCAUGGUUUGGCGCUGAAGCUGAGGAAGAACAGCGCGGCUCGGCAGAAACGAAUCGAUGAAUCUUUCUCGAUCGCCGCCCGGAGGAGAAAUUCCACCGAAAAAAAUCAACCGAAUGGAGUCGAGGGACCAAUCCAGCCGGUGUUAGCCCGAGGUCGAUGCAUUCACGCGGUCGGCAUCUUUCAAUCAGCUAGUCCUAUUGAAAAUGGGACACCCGGUAAAGAAAUGCAUCGUCAAUACACGAAUCAGAGUGGGAGUGAAGCGGAAGAGUUCACACAGGAAGAACUCCAAGAAUUCGCUCAAGCAUUUAAGAUGUUUGACAAAGACGGAAAUGGAACGAUGAACAUUAAAGAGUUGGGAGUAGCGAUGAGGACAUUGGGACUGAAUCCGACAGAGGAGGAGUUGCUGAAUAUGGUAAACGAGUACGAUGUUGAUGGGAAUGGUAAAAUCGAUUUCGGCGAGUUCUGCAAGAUGAUGAAAGAAAUGAACAAAGAGACAGAUCAAGAAUUGAUACGAUUAGCAUUCAAAGUAUUCGAUAAAGAUGGUAAUGGAUAUAUCACCGCUCAAGAGUUUAAACAUUUCAUGACAACGAUGGGAGAGAGAUUUACAGAAGAAGAAGUUGAUGAGAUUAUCCGAGAAGUGGAUAAAGAUGGAGAUGAGCAGAUUGAUUAUGAGGAAUUCGUGAACAUGAUCGCUCCAAUCGUUCAAGAAGGCACUAAAGAUGAUCCAUUCGCCGAUCCAGAGAAAGCUCAAGAAGAGAUUAAAGAGACAAAACCAAAGAAGGGGAAA